AGGGACUUGAACGUCGCUCAUUUAGGAUUUUUCUUGUGUUUGCCGGAAGUGCAGUGGCGUGUGUGGGAUUACAGUCAGUUGUUAGACAAUGGCUGACGACGGUCAAGGAGAGGAUUAUCCCACCGAAAUCGAGGAAUACCUCAAUGAUUUUGACUCCUCUGUGAGCUCUGUCCAGAAUAUGGUCCAAACACUUGUGUCUGUAUCCAGAAGUGACCAUCUGCGUAAUCUGGAUCCUCUUGAUCAAGCUAAAUUGGAUCUUAUGUCUGCAUAUGCCCUCAACUCUAUGUUUUGGAUGUAUCUGGUGACACAAGGAGUCAAUCCAAAAGACCAUGCGAUCAAACAAGAAUUGGAGAGAAUCAGGACAUAUAUGAAUAAAGUUAAAGAGAUCACGGACAGAAGAAAAGCUGCACGGCUGGACAAAGAUGCAGCAUCACGGUUUGUCCGGAGUGCACUGUGGGAGCCAGAGGACAAGAAAAGAAAGGACACGAAACGAAAGGACACAACUGAGCAUUCCCACAAAGGAAAACACAUAAGGUUUUCUUGAUUAGGUUGAUUGGUGAAACGCAUUGAAUUUUCUCUGCAAAUAUUUAGCAGACUUUGAGAUUAAGCGCAACAAAUAUCUCAAUGCACUUGGACUUGAUGAAGAAGCAUGCAAUUUACCAUGUGACUGUCCAUGAUGCCGUGUUGUUCAUUGUGGACAUGUGUUGAGUAGCAUCAUUCUUUUCAAGAUGGCUUGUUUCAAACAAAAAAUCAAAGUUUGAAAAAACACUUUUGUUACUCACCCCGUGUUUUUUUUAGCGUUUCUUUAAUUGUUUUAUUCUUUCCUAUAGUCUUCAUUUUGUUUUAUAUCUGGGGUUACAUAAUAUGAAAUUUGUGAUGCGGACCAUCAAUAAUACCAGUCCCAUUAAAACUACUAAAUCCUA